AUGGCAGAAGAAGCAAAAGAUUUGAAGGUGAAUGAAGUCGAAAAGGCCAAAAUGGUGUGGAAGAUGGUGAAUGAACCGAAUUUUGCCGAGAAGAACAAGAAUCAAACAAAACAGCUUUAUCAGAAGAACUCGUUGGGUCGAGCUGGAGUACCGAUGAUUCCUGAGGAUUUGUUGGGCGGCUCUAGCGAAAAUGUUAAUCAAGGUAAACUGUAUGGAAAAUUGUCUAUAAACCCAUUGGUUCCGCUGGGAAUGGGCGCUACUGUGGCUUGUCUUUGUGGUAAGUGUUUUCUUCGUUGGUUUUGAUUUUAGGUAAUGGAAAAGCAAUUUCCAGGGAUUUUGUUUCAUUUGUUAACGAGUAAAAUAUUGAUUGAAAUUUCGGCUAUAUUGUAGUAGAAUGCCUUAAAUUUUGGUGUACAUGAUUUGAUUCGUAACUCUUUUCUAAAGCUAGAUGGGAACCUAAAAUUUUGUUCCACGUUAGAUUAUCUUCUUCAACUUUUGCAAAAAAGUAAAUUUUAAUAUUUAAGGGGAGACGGAUGUUAUAGUAGUUUCUGCACUCUAAUUACUUUUGAAAGUGUUUUUUGCAAUUUACAAAAAUUUUUAUACUGUUCUAUAGUUGAAUAAUGAUAUUUUAUAGGAAUGAUGAAAGCCUCUUUGAAUAACGAACGACUUCGAGCCCAAUAUUACAUGAGAGGACGUAUAGCAGCUCAGUUUGCGACAGUUUGCUUUUUGGUUGGUGGAGUGGUGUGGUUUGGUUUAGAUCCUCGAGGCUCUGGUCCUGGUCAGAUACCAAAAGAAGAGGAUGUUUUAACAAAAAAGCUAUUGAAUCGUUCUUAA